AUGGAUAGCGAAGAAUCACAACUGGAAACGUAUUCCAAGGAAUUUCUCACGGAAACCAUUACACUUCACUGUGAACGGCGAGUAAAUCAACUUCAACAACUCAACGAGCAGCCCCUGUAUCCAACAGAACAAGUUAUUUGGGAUGAAAAUGUUGUACCAUAUGAAAACUACUCGGGCGAAGGCGUCCUAGCUUUGAACAAGCUGAAUCUGCAGUUUCUGACACUGCAUGAUUAUCUGUUGAGAAACUUCAAUCUCUUUCAGCUUGAAUCCACUUGUGAGUAUGCCUUUUCUUGCAGUUUUUGUAUGCAAAGCUUUGUCAGUGCUCAUUUCAUGCAAUUCUUGUCGGAACUGAUGGAAUUUCCAUAUCUAGAUGAAAUUCGGCAAGAUCUGGAAGAUGUGCUGUUCAGAAUGAAACCAUGGCGACAUGAGAGCCGAAAUGAAACUGUUUGGGGUGGAUGGGCUCGGAUGGCUUUGUUAUUAGAUUCAUUCCAAAUUGUUGAGGUUGGAAAACCAUUUGUUGGCGACAAGAGUCCAUCUGUAGUAAAAGGAGAAUUUGCUGUCAACGUGGGAAGACGGGUCGACAUCAGACAAGAAUGGGAAAGUCUCAGGAAACAUGAUGUGUGCUUCUUGGUCACUUGCCGGUCGACUCAACCUGUUGGUACAAAGUAUGACGUCAGAAAGCCAUUCAAGGAUCAGAUACAGGUAAUUCCAGAGUUUGUCACUUUUUAAAU